AUCUAGAUCAUAUAUUAGCAUGGGACAUUGUGGCAUGCAUCAUCCUAUUCAUCCAUUAUUCUCUCUCACCCUCCAAAACCCACUCCAUCACAUCCACCAAUCAAAUCCCACCACAUGUCACCUUUAGACUUGGCACCUCUUUCUCAUAUUUCCAAUACGUCAAAAAUUCAUGACAAUUUUAUUUUUUAAAUAUCAAUCAUAAUAAUAACCCAUAAAAAAAAAAAAAAAAGUUAGUAGGUUCUGAAAAAGGAAGCGUUUUUCGCCAUUUUUGGAAGGAUUUGUAGCAGACUCAAACUUGAUCUUCUGCUCCCCUUUCACCUUAUGAUCCAACACGACAAAAUUUUCUCUCUCCUCUAAUUUCAUUCCAAUACUUUCUCAUUUAAUGCCCUAAUUUUUUCUUUCAUAAAAAUAGAAAUUUCCCAUUUUUUUUCUUAAUCUUUCCCCCCUUUUAGAAGAAUCUCGAGGUGGGGUUAGGUUUCAAAUAAAUCAAUCACUCGUUGUGUAGUUCAUUCGAUCAUUCAAACUUCCUUAAACCCAGGUAGGCGGAUUUUUCAAAGGAGAGAGAAAAAGAAGAGUUGUUGAGAGUUUAGGAAGAAGAAGAAAUGGCAGUGGUUGAAAAUGGUGUUAAGGGUGAUUUGGGUGCUGAAAAUGGGUCAUCAAUGAAUCGGACCUCCAACAACACGAACAAUACCAACAACAAUGAAAAUCAUAAAAGAGAAAUGAGGGAAUUGGAGGAAAUGUUAUCGCAAUUAAACCCAUGUGCUCAAGAAUUUGUUCCGCCAUCUCUUCUCAGUAGUCAGCAUCAAUUUCCCCCUCAAUUUCCUCGAUCGUUUGUUCCUAAUUUUGGUCCUCCUACUAUGGAUGAUCCGUUUCGAAUCUUCCCGAAUCCUCAGAAUAAUCUUAAUCCGAGAAAGAAGAAGGGUAAUUAUGGUCAAGGAAAGCGUAGGCCAAAUAAUCGAACUGGUAUGGCACAAAGGGAAGAAGUUAUUAGAAGGACUGUUUAUGUUUCUGAUAUUGAUCAACAGGUUACUGAAGAGCAGCUGGCUGGUCUUUUCAUCAACUAUGGACCGGUGGUGGAUUGCCGUGUUUGUGGUGACCCGAAUUCUGUGCUUCGGUUCGCUUUUGUUGAGUUCACAGAUGAGGAAGGUGCACAGGCUGCAUUGAGUCUGUCUGGUACUAUGCUUGGCUUUUAUCCGAUCAAAGUUCUGCCUUCUAAGACUGCAAUUGCUCCUGUAAACCCUACUUUUUUGCCCCAGAACGACGAUGAGCGUGAAAUGUGUGCAAGAACUGUUUACUGCACCAAUAUCGAUAAGAAGGUCUCACAGACUGAAAUCAAAGUAUUUUUCGAGACAAUUUGUGGAGAGGUUCGUCGCUUAAGGAUGCUUGGAGAUCAUCACCAUUCUACUCGUAUUUGUUUUGUUGAGUUUGAGAUGGCUGAAAGUGCUAUAGCAGCUCUGAAUUGCAGUGGUGUGGUCUUGGGAACUUCGGCUAUAAGGGUCAGCCCAUCCAAGACACCAGUUCGCCCUCGUGCUCCCAGAAAACCUAUGCACUGAUUCAUCUUUGCUCUUUUGAGGAACAGGAGUACUUUUUGUAUAUUUUGGACAUAGAUGACUAUGUAAAGAUGCUAUACUCCUACUUGGUGUUUCUGCCUAUCUGAGCCUGAAUUAUUCUUAUCAGGGAGUAUCGUAUUUCAUUUUGGGUCUACUUAAUGGCAUAGAGUUGGAUGGAAUUUUGAGGAUCUUGCAAGGUUGUAUAUGAUGCACGGCUGAAUGAAGGUGCAGCUGUUUUUGACUUGACAAUUCUACUUAUAACUUAACUAUGAUUACCCAUUGUGGUAGCAGUUAUUGAGGUUUUUUUUAAUGUUUCCUAUCAGCUAUUAUGAGUUUCAAGCUCAUGUUUACGUUAUCUAUGUCGUCCUGGAUUCUUGAAUUGCCAUGAAUUUGACACAUCUGCUAUUUAUUUGCUAUUACCUGCCUAACUUGUAAUCUGCUGUAUGCCUGUAUGGCUGUAUCUGCCAUUGGAAUUCUACAUGUACUAGUUGUAUACGGGAUGGAACAUGAACUAUGUUUCCAACUUUCCAUGUA